UUUUUAAGCUUCAACAUUUCCGGCCUCGACCCCACCGCGCACUAUAAUAUAUUUGUGGAUGUAAUCCUGGCUGAUCCGAAUCACUGGCGAUUCCAGGGCGGAAAGUGGGUGCCAUGUGGGAAGGCGGACACGAAUGUGAUAGGCAACAGAGUUUACAUGCACCCGGACUCACCGAACACCGGUGCGCACUGGAUGCGUCAGGAGAUCUCCUUUGGAAAACUAAAGCUCACAAACAACAAAGGUGCCUCCAACAACACGGGCCAGAUGGUGGUCCUCCAGUCUCUGCACAAGUACCAGCCCAGGCUCCAUGUGGUGGAGGUGAACGAGGACGGGACAGAGGACACGAGCCAACCUGGACGAGUCCAGACUUUUACCUUCACGGAGACGCAGUUCAUCGCCGUCACCGCGUACCAGAACACAGACGUACGGCCCAGAUUUGGCUUUGUGUUCACUCUCAUCCUGUCACUCACACACGAUUUAGCACAUUUUUUGUACAAAA